AUGCCCCGCCAGCUGUCGCCGCGAUGGCUGCUGCCGCGCUGGCAGCCGCUGCUGAUCUAUCGGGCCGUGCUGCCUGCGCUGCAAGGAACCGCGCACGUCGCAGUGGACUGCGACUGGGCGCGCUACUGGCGGCGCGCGUCCGGGGCGAUGGACGGCGAGGCACGGGCGGAGGGGGGCGACGGGGACGCGCGGUCACGAGGACGGGUAGACGAGGUGGAGGGCCGUGGAAAGCGGCAGGAUUCAGUCCGGGGACGGGGAGUCGUCGCGAGUGGAAGAGGGGCGGCGGUAGACGCGGGUAGAGGGCAAGGGGGGUGCGAGGAGCUCAGUUCCAUGGGCCACGGCCCGCAGCACUUCCCCCCGUGCUCCUCUGCGCAUGGCGUGCAGCCGUGCGCGCUCCGCUCCCCGCGAUACACGCGCGUCGCGCUACCACACGUGCUGCGGGAGGGCGGGCUGCAGCACGUGCUGCAACGCGUGGGGCUGUGGCCUGCGCCCUCCCCGCACCAUCGCCUUCCGCCAGGCUUCCCCCCACCCCUCGACCGUGACGAUGCGCGCAUGUACCCGGGUACGGCUCUCGCUGCACCUCUCCGCCCUCCUCUCAAUCCCACACCGCACCUUGCAGGUGUGGGUGUGGCGGUGUCGGGCGGAGUGGACAGCAUGGCACUCGCGCUCACUGCCGCGCGCAUGCAGCGCGCACAGCAGGGGGAGGGGGGAGGGGGGGUGCGCGUGGUGGCGAUGGUUGUGGACCACGCUCUCAGGCCGGGCAGUGCACAUGAAGCCAUGCGCACCCUCGCAUGCCUUGAGCACCUAGGGCUGCAGGCAGUGCUGCUCACGUGCCGCUGGCCACAUGGCCCGCCCCCUGCCUCGCGCCUGCAGCCGGACGCCAGAGCGCAGAGCAGGUAUGCGCUGCUGCACAGCGAGUGUGUGGAGCGGCGGCUGGGCGUGCUGAUGACGGCACACCAUGGCAACGACCAGACAGAGCUGCUGCUGCUGCGCCUCACCCGCUGCAGCAGCAUGGACGGCCUCGCAUGCAUGCCCCUGCUCUCCCCGCUCCCCCCUUCUCCCCCUCCUCUGCUGCCCUGCUUCGCACCCUUGCAUGCGCAAGGCAACACCAGCAUGCGCCCCAGCACGACUGGCAGCACUCGUAGCAACGGCAGGAGCACUGCCACUCGAUUGAAGUGUCUCGAUGCCAGCACCAGCGACGGCAGCAGCGAGGGCGUUGUGGUGGUGCGGCCGUUGCUGGGAGUGUGGAAGCAGCAGCUGGUGCAGUUCUGUGAGUCCCACGCGCAGCCCUGGAUAGAGGACUCCUCCAACGCCUCCUCGCUCUUCCUGCGCAACCGCAUUCGCCACGCCCUCGCUGCCCUCGCUACGCACGACGCCAGUGCACUGCAUGCGGCAGCACACAGCACCACUGCCGUGGCAGCUGCCCUCCGCUCUCACCGCCUCACAGCAGCACGCCACCUCGCUGCUGCCACCCUGCUCCCCACAUCUGGCGGGGCAGUGCACAUCAGCGUGGUGGACCUGCUGGCUCCGCAUUGGUCCGACCACACACGCCUGCAUGUGCUCUCGCUGCUGCUGCAGCACGUGGCGCAGCGGCCCUACCCUCCGCGCACUCGUGGCGUGCGUGCGCUGCUCGACCGCAUGCACCUCUACCUCACCGCAGCAUCGCGGGGAGCAUACAGCAUGGCGGGCUGCACACUCACCGCUCUCCCAGGUUCCCAAGGCACCGUCGCCUGCAUUGCUGCACACGCAGGGGAGCCUGCUCGCUGA